AUGCCCGGGCCAAUCGAUCCCGAAACACUUUACACUAAACAAGCUUGCAUUGGUGGUGGAAGUUUUGGCAGGGUCUACAAAGGAGUUGAUAAGAUAACUGGAGAUUCUGUUGCCAUCAAGGUUAUCGACGUUGAGAAUGCUGAAGAUGAAGUAGACGAGAUCAUCAAGGAGAUUGCGAUUCUAUCUGAGCUGAAAUCCCCAUACGUCACCAAAUACCAUGGUUCAUACCUCAAGGGCUCGAAUCUCUGGAUCAUCAUGGAGUUUUGCUCUGGUGGUAGUUGUCAUGGCUUAUUGCGCCCCGGUGUGAUCCACGAAGAGUACAUAUCGAUUAUUCUGCGAGAGCUUCUUAAAGGCCUGGAAUAUCUUCACGGUGAUCAAAAGUUGCACCGAGACAUCAAAGCUGCAAACAUCCUGUUAAGUGCGAGUGGACAGGUCAAAUUGGCAGACUUUGGUGUAUCGGGCCAAUUAUCUGCAACAAUGACCAAGAAAAAUACAUUUGUGGGAACGCCCUUCUGGAUGGCUCCGGAAGUCAUCAAGCAAUCAGGGUACGACUACAAAGCGGAUAUCUGGUCUCUAGGGAUUACGGCAAUCGAAUUGGCCUGUGGAGAUCCUCCGUAUGCUGAUAUUCACCCGAUGAAAGUCCUGUUUUUGAUUCCUAAAAAUCCGCCUCCCACACUCAAUGGCAACUUCAGCAAGCCCUUCAAACAAUUUGUUGAACUGUGCCUGCGACGGGACCCAAAGGAGCGACCGUCUGCUAAGGAGUUGCUCGAACACCCGUUCAUCAAGCGGGCGAAGCGGACGACAUACCUCACAGAGCUUAUUGAACGUGCGGAGCGCUGGCAAGCGACCCACCGUGGCCAAGAUGAUGAUGAAGAUGAUUAUGAUGAACCCUGCGAGUCUGUUGGGCUGAAUAGAGAAGACCAUGAGGACCUCUGGGACUUUGGCACUGUUCGCCCUGCAGGACCUGCUGGUGGGCGAUCGGCUAUGCCGCCAUUACGUCCGAUGAACGACUCGGCAACCAACUCUCGUUCUCAUGAAACUGAUGAGUGGGAUUUGCAAGACGAGACGAAACAAGCGCCACCGUCUCAGUCACUCCCCAUUCAAUCGAAUCCUGCAAACACCGCUGUCGAGUCCUCUUCAUCCAAAAAGCCUCUGCCUCCCUCAGUGCCACCCUCACCGUUAAAGCAGACAACAACACAGCCUUCUAACAACUCUUCCCGCCAAACUCGCCCUCACAACUCAGUCAUUUCUCCCGAAGAAGAUUCUCCCGCCAGAGCACCCAAUGGACGAUAUUUGCAGGCAAUGAAGGAUUUCGAAAAUGGUCUUCGGCUCGAUGCGCCCCCUCAGCCCAAGUCCCCUGCUGUUGCGUCUAACAACGCGAUGAGGGAGCAAUCUCUACCCGUCAACGAGCCAGCACCCGUCCAGCAGCGUCCUCUCCCUAGUACCAACGGAAUUCCCGCUCAUUACCGCCCGGCGCCUUCCGGGGGUUUUCAAAAGCAGCCCGAGGCAGCAUCCGCAAAUGCGAGACCGUCCUCCGGACUUAAGUCCAAACUUGCACCGAAAAAUGAAGAGCGCCUUGUUAGAAACACCCCUGCCAGCCCUCGUGUAAGCGAGCAGCCAAAACAACUUCCACAACCGUCGGCCAAAGCCCCAGUAGAGAAUGAGCGAGCCACCGCUUACGGAUCUGUUAUUAUCCCUGCUCUGCGUGCAGCCAUGAACCGACGUGGUCGCAAUCUUUCUCGUCUCGAUCCUGCCCGAAAUCCCAAUAACAGACCAUCUUUCGAAGAAGAGCAACAAUGGGAGCAAAGUGUCCGUGUCCACCGAAACAUGGACCAUAUUGUGGAUGAUAUUUCUCGGGCUUUCACCAACCUUCAUCGCUGGGAUAUGGAAGACCAGGUCCAAAUGGGAGGUGGUGUUGAUGUUACACUUGAUGCUUUCCUGGAGGAAGUUCUAGUACGCCUUCAACCUGCUUCUGCCCCUGAUUCUACUUGA